AUGCCACUGGUUCUUGGGCUGACUUCCAAUGUUUCGUUGACAUUGUCUCUUGAGGAAAAAACUGGAAGUUCACGCCGGCGGAACAAGCCCACGAGGUCCACAAUGAAAGGCAGCUGCCAGGCGGUGGCCGUGGAGUGGGAGAAGGAGGCUUUGCAUCCGACCUUGCCAGAGAAAGCCUUUGACCUCAUUGUGGUUUGUGAUUGCUUGUACGAAAAUCGUGACAGCUGGGCAGCGCUUCAGCUGCUCCUGGAGCGGCUCCCGGCGGAGGCCAGCGGCGAGCCGAGCGGCGAGCCGGCGGUGCUGUUGGCCUCGGCGGCGCUGCGGAAGCCCUUCCUGGAAGCCUUUGUAGCGCAGCUCGCCAAGGCCAAGGGAAGCCUUUGUAGCAGAAGCAAGAAGGAGGCCACCUGGGAGAAGUUUGCACCGCCAUCCUGCAACCUCCGAAGAAGAUCCGAACCGAUGCAUCGUCCGAGCUGGCGGUCGAGGCGCAUUGAUGCAUCGAGGCAUGGUGAUGCUUCGCAGUGCAGCUCUUUCUGGCUGAAGUGGUGCUUUUGGAUGACCACAUUUUAUGACGAGAAGCAUCAAGUCUCGCUGCGCAGAACCCAAGCAGCGCAGUUGAGAAGCUGA